CUCAGAUAAUCCUGCAUAGUACGUUUUCGCUAAAACCUCCCGCUCUGUAGACUCUUGUUCUUGCUCGUUCAAAACCCUAAGUUCUCGCGUAAUUUCAAUCGCGACAAUGAAGCUAGUCAGAUUUCUGAUGAAAUUGAACAACGAGACUGUGUCAAUUGAGCUCAAAAACGGCACCGUAGUGCACGGCACCAUUACUGGUGUUGACAUCAGCAUGAAUACACAUCUGAAAACUGUGAAGCUUACUCUGAAGGGGAAAAACCCAGUUGCUAUGGAUCACCUUAGUGUUAGGGGUAAUAAUAUCCGAUAUUACAUACUUCCCGACAGCUUGAAUCUCGAAACAUUGCUAGUUGAGGAAACGCCUAAAGUCAAGCCCAAGAAGCCAACGGCAGGGAAGCCCGUUGGGCGUGGAAGGGGUCGUGGGCGGGGUCGUGGACGCGGUAGAGGACGCUAAGUAUUUUUUUCGUCUUAUUUUGUUAGUACUUUGUUGUCUAAAUAUCUACAUUGAAGGAUUUGUGGCCCAAAAAACUCUGAAAUGUUCACAGCCAGCAGGUACAGAUCAGUGCAAUUUUGAUGAUUCUCAAUCAUUUAGUCCUUCUACUUUUUGCUAAUGGGAUACAAACAAUCACAAUAUAUAUGAUGGGCCAUAUUUCUAUGAUGUUGUGUUAUGAUUAUCUACGUGUCCAUAUAGUUUUGGCUUCUGGUGAUCUUUUACUCAGGUUAAUUAAAUAUUGCCCCAAAUUAAAUUGCAGAUAUUACUAAAUUUUUCUUGUUUGAUAUAUAUAUAUUUUUUUUUAACUGAAA